UGACCCAGCAUAGGCGGGGAGGUGACCCUGCGGUGUGGGGCCCAGGGCUUCUACCCUGCGGACAUCUCCUUGAUUUGGCUGAGGGAUGGUGAAGAACAGCUCCACAACACAGAGUUCAUUGAGACCAGGCCAGGGGGAGAUGGCACCUUCCAGAAGUGGGCUGCUGUGGCCAUGGCCCUGGUCCAGGAAGACAGAUACAGCUGCCCAGUCCAGCGCGAGGGAUUGCCUGAGCUCUUCACUCUGAAAUGGGCAUUUCACUCUCUGAGGUAUUUCCAAACUUCCAUGUCUCUGCCUGGGAGAAAGCCGCAGUUCAUCUCUGUGGGCUACGUGGACGAUCUGCAGUUCAUGCUCUUUGACGGGAACAGCCCGAAUCAGAGGGAGGAGCCCAGAGCACCGUGGUUGGACCAGAUGGACCAGGAUUACUGGGAGAAGAACUCAAGAAUUUCCAGGGAGACCGCUCAGACUUUCGAAGUGGGCCUGCAGAAUCUGCUGGUCUAUUACAAUCAAAGCGAGGGCGGACUUCACACUUACCAGCGCCUGGUCGGAUGCGAGGUGUCUCACAACAGGAUGUUCAGGCGUGGGUUCGAGCAAUACGCUUACGACGGGCAAGACUACAUCUCCCUGGACUUCGAGACGCUGAGCUGGACGGCUGCGGACAUCCCAGCUCUGAACUCCAAGCACAAGUGGGAGAUGGAGCCGAGCAUCGCCCAGAGACAGAAAACUUAUCUGGAGAAGAAUUGCGUUCAGUGGCUUUACAAGUACCUGGAGAUCGGGAAUGAGACGCUGCUCCGCGCAGACCCUCCCUCUGCUCGAGUCACUCAUCACAUCAGCCAUGAAGGAAAGGUGAUGCUGAGGUGCUGGGCUCGAGAUUUUUACCCUUCGGACAUCUCCUUGAUUUGGCUGAGGGAUGGUGAAGAACAGCUCCACAACACAGAGUUCAUUGAGACCAGGCCGGGGGGAGAUGGCACCUUCCAGAAGUGGGCCACUGUGGCCAUGGCCCCGGGCCAGGAAGACAGAUACAGCUGCCAAGUCCAGCAUGAGGGACUGCCUGAGCCCCUCACUCUGAAAUGGGAGCCCCAGGCCUCAUCCAUCUUAAUCUUUGUGGUGGUCAUUAUUGCUGGUUUCCUUUUUGCAAUUAUUGCUGGAACUGUGAUCUGGGAGAAAACUGAUUUCAGUUGGAAGAUUCAAGGAUUACAUUCAGGCAUCACGCAGUGAUAGUGCACAGGAGUCAGAUGUGUCCUACAGUAAAAGCUCAGAAAAUCAUCUUGUGUGGAAUUGUGCAAAAAACCCAGGGAUACUCAAGUCUCCGAUUCCUGUCUGUUCCUGUUGACCUCUGGUUUCUUUCUGUAGCUUUGAUUGAGGCUGGCAGGAGUUCUGAGGUUCAGGGAUGUGUCAAAGAAGUUCAUCCCCUCCCCUUCCUGAGUAGCUUUUCCAUCAAACAUUCCUGACAUAGCACAGUUGUGCCAAUUUUGCAUCGGUGAACCUGCUGUGCGUCAAUAAAGGUUAAGGCUUUGGGCUUGGGAGAGGGAGAGAAGCAAGAAGAGAACAAAAAAGGAAGACGUUGGGAACAGAGCAGGCAGGGAAAGGGGGAAGGAGGAGGAGACUUGCAGCCUAGGUACCAUACCCACCCCCAACUAUAAAAUGUAUAUAUCUGGGUAGAAAUAUUAUUUCAAUUCUUACAGGGAUGAGGAAGAGAAAGAAAAAAUAGUGAGGCAUAGAGAAAAAAACGAAUUGGAAAAACAAUAACAGUAACAAAAAAACCCCAAACCCCCAAAACCAACCCAGGCAUUUCUCAAGACAUAGGAAAAUGCAGUGAACCAUUCAUAACCUCAUGGAAUAAAGUUCUUCUUCCCAGGUGUUUGUGACAUACCAUUCCUGCGGAGUACGCCAAAACAUAGAAAUCUCGGUUCAAGGCUGCAUAAACAGUUCCAAGAAGUCCUGGGAAUGGGUUAACUCCUCUGUUCACACUCUGGGGAGGAUUGGGGAGGAUAGAUUGUUUCUCUUGAAAAGAGCUUUAAAUCUAGUGUGCAGCUUGCAAUAAACGUUCAUUAUCCUUGCUUUGAUAA